AUGAUGCAACAAAGUGAAGACACAUCUUCUGUUUUGUCCUUGAAAGACCCAAACUUUCUAUCACUACUCUCUCUUCAAACACUCCAGAAGCCGCCUUGGGAACUCAGAAACUAUCUCCCACAUGAAGUUCCAGAGUUUCAUUCACCGUCAGAAACCAACUACUACCAUCACAACCCAUCUCUGGAAAAAAUCAAUGAAGCCAUCACACGCCAAGAACUUCAAUUAAACCCACUACGCAAGCGCAGAAACAACAACUUGGCAGCAUCAUCAGUGAGCAGAGAGAAGAGAAAGAGAAAGAGAACCAAACCAGCAAAGAACACAGAAGAGAUGGAGAGUCAGAGAAUGACACACAUAGCGGUUGAGCGUAACCGCAGACGCCAAAUGAACGUUCAUCUCAACUCACUCCGCUCUCUCAUCCCAUCUUCCUACAUCCUCAGAGGAGACCAAGCGUCAAUAGUAGGAGGAGCUAUAGACUUUGUAAAGAUCCUCGAGCAACAGUUGCAAUCACUUGAAGCGGAGAAGAUGACUCAACAACAACAAACUGAUAGCAAAGACAUUUCGUUGCGUGUGAGUAAUGUUGAAGAACAAAGUAGUAAACUGAGAAUCGAUGCAACGGUGAUAGAGAGUCACGUGAAUCUCAAAAUACAAUGUCCGAAGAGACAAGGACAACUUCUGAGAACAAUCAUUUGGCUAGAGAAGCUUAGAUUCACUGUUCUUCAUCUCAACGUUACAUCUCCAUGCAAUGCAUCUGUCUCUUAUUCCUUCAACCUCAAGAUGGAAGAAGACUGUAGUUUGACAUCGGCCGAUGAGAUAACGGCGGCGGUUCGUCAGAUAUUUCAUUGCUGAAUUAAAAGACAUGAAAAUCAAAGAAAAAGCAAAAAAGUAACGUUCUUUUCGUAGCUUCUGUUUCUCGAGUAUGCGAAGG